UUCUGUAGUGCCAGCGCGGGAGACUGCCAGCAAUGGGAGAAGUUCAAUGGGCACAAACAAAGAGAAGAGCAAGGAGGUAGAGAAUUUCAGAAAUUGAGAAGGGAUAAGUGGAAGGAGAAAAUGUUGGGCUGGUGCCAAGCGAUAGCUCGUAACCCUCACAGACUUCCAAACAGCACAAGAACACCUGAGGUCUCAGGUGAUGCUUCACAUAACUCUACUUUGAAUGAAAAAUCCCCAGGGCGUUCCACAAGUCGAUCAAGUAAUAUUUCAAAGGCAAGCAGUCCUACAACAGGAACAGCUCCCAGGAGUCAGUCUCGGUUAUCUGUCUGCCCCUCCACUCAGGACAUUUGUAGAUCUACUACCUUGCAUGAUUUGUCAGAAGAUGAGCUUGAGCAUGCAACCCCUGUCAUGGUGCUGGCCCCUUCUAAUAGGGAGCUGGGUGGUAAGAAACUCAUAAAACGAAGGUUUAGGCGGAAAAAAGAGACUGGAGACAAUGGUGAGCAUACAGAAAAGCAAGGAAAGGGAAGAAACUGUAAAUUGCAUCCUGAGCCUCCGAGAUCCAGCUGGAACGCAUCUGAUUCAUCAUCAUCUUCAGAUGAGAGUCAGUGGGCUCAGGCUAGGAGGAGAGCAAGAGAAAAGGCCAGGAUGGCCAGGAGAGGGAGAAGAAAUAAUAGAUCAUGCAGUAACCAGGAUGGAUCCUCAAACAGUAAUGCUGUUGAACUUGUCACCUUGGGGACAAUGGGAAAAGAGAAACAAGAGGUGUCUGACCCUGAGAAUCCUACUUUAAAUCACCGCCGAAGGAUUUCAAGGCUUAAGGAAUCACAGUCUUCAGCAUCAUCUCAGGAAGCAAGGAUUUCCUCAAGAAAAUGUGGGAAAAGCAAAGGGAAAAGCUCCCACAGAGACCGGCAGCCUGCGCCUUUCCUUAGGCACACCAAGGACUCCUUUGCAGAGGCAGGCUCUGGCAGUGAUGCUCUGGCUGCCCCAGAUCAUGGAGUACCUGCUGGGGCAGGGCCCACGGUGCCUCAUGCUGCUCAGAAACCUCCAGUGUUGUAUGAUGACUGGUCUGAUGAUUUAGAAGUAUGCAGGAUCUGUCACUGUGAGGGAGAUGAUGAGAGCCCCCUCAUCACGCCGUGCCGCUGCACGGGCACCCUGCGCUUUGUGCACCAGGCCUGCCUGCACCAGUGGAUCAAGAGCUCGGACACGCGCUGCUGCGAGCUCUGCAAGUACGACUUCAUCAUGGAGACCAAGCUCAAGCCCCUCCGCAAGUGGGAGAAAUUGCAGAUGACAACAAGUGAGAGGAGAAAAAUUGUGUGCUCAGUCACAUUCCAUAUAAUUGCAAUUACCUGUGUUGUUUGGUCAUUGUAUGUUUUAAUUGACAGAACUGCUGAAGAAAUUAAACAAGGCAAUGAUAAUGGUGUCCUCGAAUGGCCGUUCUGGACAAAGCUCGUUGUGGUGGCCAUUGGAUUCACAGGAGGCCUGGUCUUCAUGUACGUGCAGUGUAAGGUUUACGUCCAGCUGUGGCACAGGUUGAAAGCCUACAACAGAGUGAUCUUUGUUCAGAACUGCCCAGACACCAUCAAAAAACUGGAGGAGAAAAGCUCUCCGUGCACUCAGCGCUCGGAGCUGAAGGACGCGGUGGUGGUGCCAGUAGCACAGACAGGUACAAACUCUCAGCCGGCAGCGGAAGAGGCGACGUCGGAGGUCAUGCCAGUUUGACACGGACAGCGCUGCUUCUCCCUCGCAGAGUAAGCCGUAGUGUCUGCUACACUACAAAUGCUACAAGAAAGUAGAAAUGACUGUGCAUUUUUUCAGUUUAAGAAGACCCCAACCAAACGAGAAAAAAAAAUACCCCACACAAAAACCAAAACAGUACAAGGAAAAUGGAUCCAGCAAAGCAAUUUGUUACUGUAAGGAAUGUGACCGUUCGUGAUGUAAUUUCGCAACUAGUCAGCAAGUGUAGUGAAA